UUAUAUAUUUUUCUACAGUAUUCAGAAUGAUUUGGUUUAUAUUAUUUUGUGUCUUUGCUUACCUAUUUUGGUAUAAAUUUGUAAGUCCCUUGGAUCAAUUUAAAAAAAAGGGGGUUAACCAAACCAGACCAUGGCCACUUCUAGGCGACCAAUGGAGAGCAGUACUGCAAACUGAGAAUAUGGGCGAUGUGGUAAAAAAUGUUUAUGAUUUAUAUCCGAAUGACAGGUUUAUAGGUUUUUUCCAAUUUACAAUUCCGACCAUUAUGCUUCGGGAUCCAGAAUUAAUUAAACAGAUAACAGUUAAGGAUUUUGAUCAUUUUACUGACCACCGGCAAUUAGUGGAUCCAGAAGCGGAGCCAUUGUGGAGUUCAAAUUUAUUUUCUUUACAAGGACAAAAAUGGCGAGAAAUGAGAGCUACAUUAAGUGGCACCUUUACUAGUGCCAAGAUGAAAUACAUGUUUGGUGUCAUUAACGAAGUGGCCGAAAACUUUGCUCAACACUUUUUAAAUCAGGACCAAAAACUUAUUGAGACUGAGAUGAAAGAAACUCUUUCAAGGUAUACCAAUGAUAUUAUUGCUACUUCAGCAUUUGGUAUUAAAGUCGACUCUCUAAAAGAACCAGAUAAUAAUUUUUAUCUUAUGGGAAAACGCAUUACUAAUUUAACUGGAGUGCUUACUUUAUUUAAAUUUGUAGGAUACACUUUAGUACCAAAAUUAUUAAAGAAAUUUAAAGCAACACUUUUUGACCGAGAGGCUGCAACUUACCUUAAAACUAUUAUUUAUGAAACGAUACAUGUAAGAGAAGAAGAACAAAUUAUAAGGCAAGAUAUGAUCAACUUACUUUUGGAGGUGAAAAAAGGAAUUAAAAAAGAACAUAAUGAAACUGUUGACACUGGAUUUUCUACGGCUAAAGAAUCUGAUUAUUUAGAUAAAUAUAAAUCUAAUAAGCCCAAGCAGUUAACUGAUUUAGAUAUUGCAGCACAAUCUUUUAUAUUUUUCUUUGCUGGAUUUGAUACUGUAUCUUCGGCACUCUCAUUUGGAGCAUACGAACUUGCUGUUAACCAAGAAAUUCAGUACAAACUUCGCGAAGAAAUAAGAAAAACUUACAAAGAUAUUGAAGGAAAAUUAACUUAUGAAGAAUUGCUAAAAAUGCAAUAUAUGGAUAUGGUAUUUUCAGAAAUUUUAAGAAAAUGGCCUCCGCUUGUCGGGAUUGACCGAGUCUGCACAAAACCAUAUACAAUAGAACCAGAGCUUCCAAGUGAAAAGGCAUACCAUUUUAAAAUUGGAGAUUCCAUUUUACUUCCCAUGCACGGACUUCACAGGGAUCCCAAAUAUUUUCCUGAUCCUUUAAAGUUUGAUCCUGAGAGAUUCUCAGAGAAGAAUAGAAAUAAUAUUAAACCAUACACAUAUUUACCUUUUGGAUCAGGACCCAGAAAUUGUAUUGGGUCUAGAUUUGCCAUACUAGAAGCAAAAGCUCUAUUGUUUCAUUUAUUGUUACAUUUUAAGCUUGUUCCUACUAAAAAGACUACUAUACCCUUAAAAGCACAAACAAGGUCCCUUAAUAAUAACGCUGAAGUUAUAAUUGGUCUUGAAAGAAUUUAAUAAUACUUAUAUAUGUAUAAAUUUAAAAUUAUAUUUUAUUUGUAAGCCUAUUUUAAGAAUUAGAUGUAGUCGUUAUAAAUACCAAAAUAAAAAUAUGUAUUUUUUAUUUAAAUUUAACUGUAGGAUACUUAUUAAGCUUUGAAUAAUACACAAUAUAAAAAUCCUGCAGGCUGGUAAAUAAAUAUUGUAUAAUGCUUCAUUUAAUAGUAUGUUUUUAGAGGCAUUAAAAAUAAUUUUACACAUAGGUCGCUGGAUAGUCUUAAAACUUUAACGUUAUUGAACAAACUGUUAGGGGAUAUUUAUCUCUGCUGGGUACUUCACAAUGAUCUAUGGUUUUUUCAAUUUAGGCGCAGUUUUUCUCUGCUGAUAUAAGUAGAGAUCUCAUCUAUGCCAAAGUUUACUGAAUUAAAUAUAUUAAUUAAUUACAA